CCGAUUUAGGCCACUACUUCCCUAAUCUCCAAAGGCUUUACUUGGCGAACUGUCAAUUCAUUGGCUCCAUACCAUCCUCUUUGUCCAAUGCUUCAAAACUGCUGCAGCUUGAUUUUCCUGAAAACAAUUUCACUGGAAAUAUACCCAAGGGUUUUGGUAACUUGCGGAAUUUGUGGUGGUUCUAUGUUUGGAGGAACCAUCUUGGAUAUGGUAAGCAUGACGACCUUGACUUUGUAAAAUAUCUUACAAACUGCAGCAGUCUACAAACGCUCCAUUUUGGAGACAACCAGUUUGUAGGUACAUUACCUCAAUCAACAGUCAACCUUUCUAGUCAGUUACAACGCCUACUCAUCUUCGGCAACAGAAUUGGUGGAGGCAUACCCAGAGAGAUCUCAAACCUGGUGAAUUUGAAUGUACUCGACCUGGGUAACAACAAUUUUACAGGUAGCAUUCCAGAUUCUGUUGGAAGAGUUACAAACUUGGGAUAUCUCAACUUAGGUAACAAUCUCUUGACAGGGUAAUCCCUUCUUGAACAGGAAACCUCACUGAACUCGUCUAUCUUUAUUUGCCACGUAACAAGUUAGAGGUUAACAUACCUUCAACCUUGGGAAACUGUAACCGACUUCUAAGAUUGGACAUUUCUGACAACCAUCUGACUGGAACUAUACCACAACAACUUAUAGCUCUCUCACACCUCACAAAAAUUUAUGCAUUUUAUAACUCUUUGACUGGUCCGUUACCGGUGUAUAUUGGUAACUGGAGCCAUCUCACCUAUCUUGAUUUUUCUUAAAACAACUUUUCGGGUAUGAUUCCACGAUCUCUGGGAAAAUGCUUGUCCUUGGGGGAGAUUUAUAUGAAGGGAAAUUCCAUCCAAGGAACCAUUCCCGAUUUAGAAGAUUUGCAGGAUCUCCAGUCCUUGGAUCUUUCCCUCAAUAACCUAUCAGGGCCAAUACCUCACUUCAUUGCAAAUCUUACUUCCUUACACUCCUUGAACUUGUCUUUUAACAAUCUAGAGGGUGAGGUUCCUGUCACUGGAAUAUUCUCAAAUUUGAGUGCAGAUGUGUUGGUCGGGAACUCCAAGCUUUGUGGUGGGAUUCAAGAGAUGCAUCUACGACCUUGUGUUUAUCAAGAAACUCAAAAGACACGGAAGAAGAAUGUACUUCCCCUCAAGUAUAUUUUGACAAUUGUUUUUGCUGCUUCAUUUUCAAUCCUGGCCUUGUUAGUAGUUUUCUUUUGUUGGAGAAGAAAGUUGAAAGGUCAACCAGAACCAGAAGAUAGGUCUGAUUCUGCACGUUUCUACCCCAAUUUUUCUUAUGAAGAGCUUCGUUUUGCAACUGGUGGAUUUUCUUCUGAAAAUCUAAUUGGCUCAGGCAGUUUCGGAACUGUUUACAAGGGAAAUUUUACCUCUGAUGGAAUGGUCGUUGCUGUCAAGGUACUCAAUCUCCAGCAUCAAGGUGCUUCAAAAAGCUUCACAGCAGAAUGCCAAGCAUUGAGAAACAUUAGGCACCGGAACCUUGUCAAGGUCAUCAGUGCAUGCUCAAGCUCUGAUUUCAAGGGAAAUGACUUUAAAGCUUUAGUUUUUCAGUUCAUGCCAAACGGGAACUUGGACGGAUAGCUACACCCAGAAAUGGAGAUACAGAAGAGUAGCAUGACCAUAAUUCAGAGAAUGAAUAUCAUAAUAGAUGUGGCCUCUGCACUUCAUUAUCUUCACCAUCAGUGCCCAACACCCAUGAUUCACUGUGAUAUAAAACCACAAAACAUUCUUCUUGAUGAAGAUCUCAUAGCUCAUCUGGGUGAUUUCAGUUUGGUGAGAUUCGUUCCUGGAUUCAGUAAUGCACCGGAAUCACAUCAGUUUAGCUCACUUGGAGUUAUGGGAACUAUUGGCUCUGCAGCUCCAGGUAAAGUGUUAGGAUCUUUAGGGAAGGAUCGAGUCACGGAACGAUGAA